AUGGUGCAUUUCACGCACACACGCUUUGUGGACCUGACAGACGUUGUGCACUGGUCCAGUAUGCCGUUUUUGCACGGCGUGGUGGACGCUUUCAAGGCUGAGUAUCGUGUGAUACUGAUGAGACGCGCGGUGCGGUCCAAUCUGUUCCACGAGGAUUUCGAGGCGCCGAUUUCCCUGGUGAAAUACGGUGUUAUGCUGCUGUGGGUGGGCUUGGCAUGGAAGGCGCUGACGGCGGCAACGAUGCAAAGGAGCUGGUGGAGGGCGGGAUGCGUCCCGGAGUCAUGGUGGGAGCUGAUGUGGCACCUGCACGGCAUGUACUCGGCCGGCAUGUACGAUCCCCUGGUCUCUACCACGGCGGACCUCCUGGUGCUGCUACGUGAGUUCCGUGUGCGGCCGGCUAUUUAUAUGCCGGUGUCCGAUUACGUGACAUGCGAUGAGUGGUUAAUGGAGAAGGCUGGUGUGAAGUUGGUGACACCAACGACGCCGACGUCUUCAGGGGACGAGGGCGAGAUGUGCCUGCCGGAUGGGCCUCUGAUGCGUGACGAACGAAGCCGACGACGUGCCAUCCGCAAUGUGACGAACGCGUACGUGUGUCACGCGGAGGCGCUGGGGAUUGCUCCUGCGGAGGUGGCGACUGUCGUUGGCGCCUCUGAUGGAGAGGUGGUUAGCCGCCUAAGCCGCACACCGAAGAAGCGAGCGCGCAGUUCGGGGUCGUCGGACAGUGGGUCCGUGUAG